AUUUAAUUAUUGACGUAUUGUGCAAUACGAGUACCUACCUAAGUACUUCCCCAUUUUACGAAUUGUACGAUUAUUGAUUUGUAAAAAAAAAUCAUAAUGGUAACGACAACGUCGUCUCUGUUGUCGUCUGUGUGUAUAUUAUAAAUAAUGUGCUGUUGUUUCGAACCAAACAAUAACAAAACACUAUUAUAGUAGAUUAUGCGCAUAUCGCCGAUUGCGUCACAAUAACAGAACUACAGUCCACAGUUCUAUAAUUGUAUUGUUUUCCUGCAGUCUUAUCGGGUUUUUCGGUAUUUGGUGUCAUUCGGCUUCAAGUUUCCAACUACUUGCGUAACGAAGAAACCCCAAAAACACAAGCAAUAUCAAUUAAAGUACGUUCGUAUUUCAUACUCAGUUGUUAUAAUUUAUUCGUAAUACUCAAUCAUACCUAGUUUUUGAGAACAAGAAAUAAACGCUCUUGUCGUCUGAGACUCGUUUAUUACUAGUAACCAGUAAGUGUUGUAUUGUUAUAGUCGUCAGUAGCGAGCGUAGGAGCAUUUUUAGGGGAUUCUAACUCUUACGUUUAUAAAUAUGAUAAAUUAAUUUAAAGCAAUUCAAAAGUCAAAGAUGAUAUACAUUUCGUAACUUCCCCUAUUCUCACAAAAUGGUUUAUUGCGUUUAUAUGUAGAAUAGUAUAUAUAUUAUUUUACUAAGAAGUAUACCUGGUUUAUGGUUGUCAGUUAGUAUUAUUUUUUCACCUUUGUCCAUUUAAGUGUGACGUGAUUAUUAAUAGUACAUAUGGCAGUAGGUUAAAAUAGUCGAGAACGUUAUGAAGGUACUUACUGGGCAAACUAGCCAACUUAGGAUAAAAAUCUAUCAUUUUACAGCUGUAUCAGUUUAUCAUAAAAAAAGUUAUUUUAAAAUAUGACUUGUUACAUAAUGUACUUUAUUCAUUAAUAACAAAAAAACAUUAAUUUGACAGUAGAUACAUAGUUUGAGCAGGUACUAAUCCAACGAAAUUUUAAAUAUGAUAUUUUAGCUUUAAUUUUAAUUAAAAAUAUAUUAGUACAUUAUUACAUUAGCAUUAGUUAUUAUUUUUAGUAUACUAAUAAAUAAAUAGAAAAGUAUUUAAAGCUCAAUUUAAAUAAAAUAAAUAUUUAUGGUAUAAGUAUUAAAUUCUUAAUGUAUAUAGUUCUUUGUGCGUAAAUUAUAAUUUCAUACAUUUAGAUUAAGACUCCUGAGUCUGCACUCAAUUAAACUAAUUUUGUUUAUAAAAACAAAUGAAUUGGCCAUGUGUGAUUUAAUCGAGGGUUUAAUUAAUUUUAAACAUUUAGAUUACGUAUUAGGUAUCAUGUUUGUCAUAUUAUUAAUUAUUUAAUGAACUAUUUACUAAAAGAAAUACAAUUUUAUAAUAUGUGUUUUUAAUUUAUUAAUACAAUUAAUAUAUGGUAGAUAUACCUAUUUUUCUAUUAUAUUAAUACAAAUCAAAACCCAUAUUAGAUUAUUGGUGAUAAAAAAAUAUUUAUUAUUUAUUUGAUAAGUAAGUUUAUAUACCUACAUAGUAUAAUAUUGAACCAUCAAACUAAUACUAAAACUGACAUAAAUCACUAAUUAGUUGGGAAAAAAGCUUCUUAUAGUAUUCUGAAUACUCUUUUACUCCUUUAUUGGCUUAAAAAUAAAUAUAAUAUAUAAAAUAAAUUGUGACCUAUUACAUAUAAUAGUUCUUAUUAUAAAAUUAAAAGAGGAUACUAUUUCAGAAGGCAAGAUUAUGCGUUUUUCCUGUUAUUCCAAUUAUUAUUCUGGUUAUAACAGUCAAUACAUCGUUAAAUAAUGAAACAAAUAUUAGAAAUAUUGUCCUUUUUUAAUUUUAUACUAGGUGCUUUUACUCUAAAACCAAAAUUAAGCGAGUUCUAUGCUGACUGCUUAAGGUAGAUUUUGCUAUAUUGCCUGUUAGUUGGAGUGAGAUAACACAUGCAGGUAUAGUGUCCUCUUAACAGAGAUUUAUAAGUACUUAUACGAGUUCUUAAAUCAUACUAUAUAGUAUGAACAAUGUAAUGAGAAAAUGUGAGUCUUUCUUUAAACAAUUAUCAUGCAUUCUAUAUUUUGAUUUCUAUUAACUAUUAUGGAAUUAUCACUUUUAUAUCCUAAAAAUAUAAAAAUUAAGGUAGUUGACUUAAACUAAACUACUAGAAACAUAUAUAUAUAUAUAUAUAUAUAUAUAUUAAAGAAACUAGAAUAGGUAUUAAAUCUGUGUUUAACAUUAUAUAAUGUAUUUAAUUAUAUCUAAUAUUUUAUCAUAUAAUUAAGUGUACUUUAUUUUAAGUUUUUUAAAUAAUUAAAUUAAAUUUGAACAAGUAGUUUAUUUAUUACCUACAUUGAAUACCUAGUAAAUUGCUUAUUAGUACCUAUUAAUAAUUAAAAUGUAUUAUUUAUUAUACAAACAUUUUAAACAUAUGAAAAAACUUAAGAAGACACAGUUUUAUCAGGCAGGUAAUUAAAUUAUUCAUUAUAAAUUCAGAAAUUGCCAUUUAGAGUUAUUUAUUAAAAUAUAUAAAUGAUUUUUUUAUAAAAGUAAUAUGAUUUUAAGUACAAAUAGCUGUAUAAUUUUGAGAACUUUUACCUUGUAUUCAUUUUUAGAUUGAUUUAAUAUUAUACUUGGGUUGAAAUUAAAAUAGCUGUGUUUUUAAAAUUCUACAUUUAUUUUUUUGUAAAUUUACUAUCAUAAACUGUUGUAGUUUAUAUAAAUUAACCAUUUUUAUGAAUUUGUUAAAUAAUUAGUCACAUUUUUUAGUGCAUAAUUUUAUAUCACUGCCAAUAAUUAAUUAUUUGUUAAAUUUUAUAAAAUAUUGUUAUUUGAAAUAUAUAAGUACUAGGUAUUAAUAUUAAAUAGCAUACACAUAUUAAUCAUUAAUACCUAUUUUAUUAGUUAAUCCUAAAAAUGUACAAUUAACUAUAGAAUGUAAAUAAUAUGAUAAUAAUAAUUCUUAAAAACUAAAUUAUACCCUUAGACAACAAAUUUUCCAAAACUUAUAAUUUAUUAUAUCAAUUUAAUUCUAUUUAUUUAGGUAAUUUACUAAUAAUAAUAUUAUAUUUAAAAAUUAAAUAUUAAUUAUUUUUAGUAAAAGCAAACUUAGGAGGGAGGGGGUCAGACAGCCCCUUUCCUCAUAAGCUAUGUUAAAUUAUAAAAUAAUUAUGUAAAAUAUUCAGCAUUAUAAACUUAUUUUAUAUAAUAAAAAGUUAAUUAAAUACUACUAACUUAACUAUACAAGUACUUAUACAGGUACUUAUAUAGUACUUAUACUUAUAAUUUUGGGGGGGGGUUAAAAUAUUUUUAAACAUAAACUUGUAGUUAGCCUUUCUUAUAUUAUAAAUAUAUACCUACCUACUUUAAAAAUUUCGAGGAGGGGAAAGGUAGAACUGAUUUCCAUUUUCCAGUGGCAAUUUUAACCAACAGCUUCAAGCAUAUGUACCUUCAACCCCUCCGAGAUAAAAAUAUUAUGUGCAUGACUUAUGAAGCGAUUGAUGCAGUGGUAAAAAAACAAUACAACAACACUGAGAACUUCAAUAUUUAAACUCUGACAUCGGGUAUCAGCGCUCAUUUUUGUGAGUCUAACUAUGAGUACUGUGUACAAAUAAUAGAAUACCAUCAUUGUGUAUUUUGCAAAAUAAUCCCAAGAUUAAUGAUUUUUAUAGUGGAUUUAUUUUUGAUGUGAUUUAAUUUUUAAUUUUUAAUUUUUUAGAUAGUUUGUAUUGUUAAAUAAACAAUGCCACUGUUCUAUAGUGUGGUAGCUAGGGGUAUGAUUGUGUUAGCCAAACAUGCUAACUACCAAGGCAAUUUUGGUGAAAUUUUGGAAGGAGUUUUAAUUCAAAUUGGAGUGGAAAACAAAAAACAAAGUUUACUUCAUGACCAUUACUUAUAUCAUUACAUUUGUGAAGAUCAAAUAAUUUACAUGUGUAUCACUGAUGAUGUAAGUUUUGCAUUAAUUGUAGCCUAUAAUUAAUUCAAUUAAUACCAGUUACUUAUAAUUUAUAGGUUAUUAAAAAAAAAAUUUCUUUGUAAAUGUAUGACUGUAACUAUUACUUGUAACUGUUUGCUCGAAGUAUUGAAUAAUAGACAGAAAAAUAGAAGAAUGAAUGAGUGUAGAGGUGAUAAAAAUACUUAAUUGGAUAAUUGGAGUGAAGGUAGAAUAAGGAAAGAGUACAUAAAAGGUAGUAUAUAGGAUGACAAUGGGGUCAAAUAGUUGGGAUAAUGGUGAAGAAGAUGGAAGACUGUGACUAUAGGAUUUUAAUUAUUAUAAAAUAUUUGUAGGAAUUCCAAAGAUCCAAAGCAUUUUUUUUCUUAAAUGAAAUAAAACGACGAUUUCAAGCCACAUAUGGUCAUCGCGCUUAUAGCGCUAUUGCAUAUUCCAUGAAUUCAGAAUUUGCUCCAAUACUUGCAUCUGAAAUGGUACAUAUAAUUCAUUUUAUCAUACUUCUAACCAAAUUUUUCAAUAAUACUAAAUAUUUAUAUUUUAUAGAAAAGAUUUUCUAAUCCCAACGAAUUUGAUGUAUUGUCUAAAGUACACGGUGAACUAGAUGAACUAAAAGAUAUUAUGGUUCGAAAUAUUGGUAAGAAAGAAUAAGUAAUUUAAUAAAUUGAUUUGAAAACAAAAAUGAAUAAUGAAAAUAAUUUAUAGACAAUGUAGCUCUUCGUGGAGAAAAACUUGAACUGUUGGUCAAUAAAACUGAAGACUUAUGUUCACAGUCUAUGAACUUCAGAGUACAAAGUCGUACACUUCAGCGUUCAUUGUUCUGGAAAAAUGUCAAAAUAUAUAUCAUAUUUCUACUUAUAGGAUUGGUAAGUUAACUUUAAAUUCUAAUUAAAUAUGGUUCAUUAAAAAAUAAUAAUAAAUAUAGGUAAGGGGUAUAACAGUUAAGCUUAGUAUUUAUUUUUUAUUUUUGAUUCACUUUGAUUCAUUACAUUUUAAAAACUAAAGUUAUAAUCAAAGAAAAUGUUUAUUAUUAAACAUUUUAAAACUUAUUCGUUUUCUCUCUAUAAUAAAUUGUUGGUAUUUAUUUUUUAUUUCACCUGUUAUAAUAUUAUUAAUUAAUUUAAUUGAUUAUUUUUUAAUGAAAUUAUUACAUAAUUAUACAAAUAAUAACUAAUGAUUUACUAAAUUUACUUUAAAUUUUUAAUACAUUCUUUUUUUUUCAGGCUGUUAUUUACUUUAUUGCUGUUUUUUUUUGUGGAUCACUUACUCUCAAUUGUAGUUAAUAUAUAUAAAUAUAUAUAUAUAUUUUAUUUAUCAACUUACCAAUAAUACUUAAAAAAAAAUGUAUUAUCAAUUUAAUCUAUCUAUAAUGUAUUUAAAAUGAAAAGAAACUAUGUAAAACACAAUAUUACAUCAAAUUACCAUAAGUCCUAAUUAGGUUUUUAAUCAUAAUGCAACAUUCCAUGGGCCACAGUUCAUUGUUUAUAAAUUACCAUAGUUCUUUCUCAUAUUGAAUACAUUACAAAUAUACCAUAAAACUAUGGUAAUGUUAAAUGAAAAAAAAUUCUCUUAUUCAUUUAUUGUGUUAUAUCUAUUUAGUUAAUUUGUUAUUAGGUGCCCUUGAACAAUUCAUAAAUAAAUAAACAUCAAUUAUUUUUUUUAGAAAUUGAAAUAUAUUGUCUUAAAAUGGAUUAAAUUGUAGACAAAUUUUUUGUUUUCAAGAUAUGAAAUAUUGUUAGCCAUACAUUAUAUUUGUAUAUUGUAUUAUCAUAGAAAAGUAAUUCAUGUACCUAUUUUAUAUGAUUUAAAUUAAUAAUAAUGAAUCUGGUCUUUUUAUUUUUAUUUUUUUAUCCUAUUUAAAAUG